CCCGAUCCCAGGACCCUGGGACCAUGACCUGAGCCGAAGGCAGACGCCCAACAACUGAGCCACCCAGGCGCUAGUAAAUAAAAUCUUUUAAAAAAAGAAAGUAAAUUUGUUGCUUUUCUCAUCAUGGUAUACCCAGGCACCCCCCACCCCCUGCCAAUGAAAACUCUGAAUUUGGAGUAACAUACUGAAUUCUAGUUUGGAGAACAAAGCACCUUUUAGUUGGGUAACUCUGGGCAAGUCAUUUAAGUUCUUUGUGCCCACCCAGGGCAUCUGGAUCAGGAAAUAGGGCUAAUGACAGUAUCUAUCUCAUAGUUACAGGAUUAUUAAAUGAGUUUAUAUAUAAAGCAUUUAAAACAGUUCCCGGCAAAUAGUUAACACCAUAUGAAUAUUCGUUAAAUAAGACACAAAGAAACAUGUCAAAUCAGGAGACCCAGUAAGCAAAGGAAUCAGGAAAUUCUAAGUUUGUUAGCAAAGCUCUUCACUCACAGGGCUUUCAUCCAGAUGCCCUUGUUGAUUCCUAUCCCUCCUGCCUUUCUCAGUGUCACCCAGGGAGUGAGGAGACAUAAAGCUCCUAUUCCACCUCUUGGGAUUUUCCCCUCCCCUGGAAGGCCCAUAAUCUCCUAGCUUGUCAUUCUCUUCUCAGAAGUGAUUAAGGGGCCAGGCUCCAAAGAUUAAAGGAGCAGUCUGUGGAGGGUACUGAGCAGGGGUACUCCACUUGGAGUUCAACCACUCUGUACUCUAAGAAUUAGCACCCAUGGCCCUUGUGCCAGGGAGCAGUGAGGAUGGGCCUUGGCCUAGAGAUAGCCCAGGCUCCUCCCAGCACCCAGAAAGUCCUCAGCUGACCAGCCCUCUGUGGAUGGACGGAGGAGAAAUUGUCAGGGUUGAAGGCCAUCAGGAUGUUCAGGUUAGUACUUCUCCACCCUGUGUCUGGCUGCUGGCUCAUCCUCCAACUUGGUCCAAGCACCCUGCUAUCCCGAUUCAGGUUGUCUCUCAAAAGACCCACCUGCCCUCCAUUGUGGUGGAAGCCUCUGAGGUGAGUGAAGACAGCGGGGAGCUUGGUUGGCCACAUGAGGAGCUGCUGCUGCUCACCGAUGAGGAAGAGGAGGCUGAGGUCUUCUUCCAGGACCAAAGUGAAGAGCCAGGCUGGACUUGGAGCCCACUGGACCCCAGAUCUCCCUUAAGAACCUUUAACCCAGAACUCAGCUGGGGGCAGGAACAGGGAGAACAAGAGGUCUCCUGGAUUCCUGAGGAUACAGAGUAUCAGGAAGCCUCCAACCCCUGUCCUCUCUGGAACCCAGCUGCCAGCUCCCGGGUUUGUAGAAGCUACUUUGUGGAAUAUUCACAUCUCCUGCCUCCCAGGAGCUUGGAGGGUAAGUAUUGUACUGCCUCCCUCCACCUUUUGUGGUUUGUUAUGAGGCCCUUCUAUGGGUUCUUUCAGUCUUCUUUUACAGGUGAGGACAAGAGGGUUAGAGGUGAGGCCACUGGCUCCCACAAGUCAGUCAAUACUGGGAUUUGGAUUAAGGACCCCUCUAUUAAAAAACUCCCCAAACAGGGGAGCCUGGGUGGCUCAGUCGGUUAAGCACCCCAACUCUUGGUUUUGGCUCAGGCCAUGAUCUCAGGGAGGAGCCCUGAUUUGGGCUCCGCACUGGGCAUGGAGA